AUGGGUGGAGGAGGCCAGGACGGGGUCGAGCACAGCUCUAACAGUGAGAAGGAGAGAGAAGAGAAGCCUCAUCUGGAGGCAGCCGAAGGCCGUCUCCUGAUCCGUCCAUGGCAACCCCUGUGGGACGCCGGCCAUCUCAUGUCCAUGCUGGAAGCUGGCAAGCGGCUGCUCGGCCGCAGCGGCCGCGCGCUUUCGCUCACCGUGAUUGUCAUGCGGCCUCCGACGGAGCAGCUCGCGUCGGACGUCGCCGGCCACAUAAACCGGGAGGAGGCCUCCGGCCUCGACGUCCGCUUCCACCACCUCCCCUUCGUCGAGCCCCCGACGGACCACGUGCUCCUGGAGGAGUUCGUUCAGCUGCACGCGCCCCAUGUCAGGGCGGCCAUCUCCGGCCUGGCGUGCCCCGUGGCCGCGCUCGUCAUCGACUUCUUCUGCACCUCGCUGCUCGACGUGUCCUUCGAGCUCGCCGUGCCGGCGUACGUCUACUUCACCUCCAACGCCGCCAUGCUCGCGUUCUUCCUGCGCUUGCCGGAGCUCCAUGAGAAGGUGACGGUCGAGUUCGAGGAGAUGGAGGGCGCGGUGGAAAUACCCGGGAUGCCGCCGGUGCCGCCGUCUUGCCUUCCGUUGGCGGUGAUGGACAAGAAGAACCCGGAUUACACGUGGUUCGUGUACCACGGCUGGCGGUUCAUGGAAGCCGACGGGAUCAUCGUUAACACGGCCGCCGAGCUCGAGCAGAGCGUGCUUGCUGCCAUCACCGAUGGCCGUUGCACGCGCGGAGUCCGUGCCCCGACGCUCUAUCCAAUAGGUCCGGUGAUCUCGUUCAACCCACCUCCUGAGCAGCAGCACGAGUGCGUGAGAUGGCUCGGGACACAGCCUCCGGCCUCAGUCGUGCUCCUCUGCUUCGGGAGCGGAGGGUUCUUCACUGCGCUACAGGCGCACGAGAUAGCCCGCGGCCUGGAGCGCAGCGGGCACCGCUUCCGCUGGGUGCUGCGUGGCCUCCCCACCCCCACUCGGCGGGCGGCACCCAUGGAUGCGAACCUCGCGGUGUUGCUUCCAAAGGGUUUCCUCGAGAGGACCAAGAAUAAAGGCCUCGUGUGGCCGACGAGGGCACCGCAGAAGGAGAUACUUGCCCAUGCCGCGGUCGGGGGAUUCGUGACGCACGGCGGGUGGAACUCGGUCCUCGAGAACCUAUGGUUCGGUGUGCCGAUGGCGCCGUGGCCACUCUACGCCGAGCAGCACCUGAACGCGUUCAGGCUAGUGACCUACAUAGGCGUCGCGGUGGCGAUGAAGGUGGAUAGGAAAAGGAAAAACUUCGUGGAGGCGGUGGAGCUGGAGCGAGCGGUAAAGACGCUGAUGGGCGGUGGUGAGGAGGGUAGAAAGGCAAGGGAGAAGGCCAUGGAGAUGAAGGCCGCAUGCCGGAAGGCCGUGGAGGAUGGUGGCUCGUCUUACGCUAUGCUGGAGAGGCUCUCCGAGGAGCUACGAAGGCGAGGCGGUGGAGGUGAAGAAGUGAGGCCGAGGAGCAGUUCCACCCUCUCUUCUGUGUUCUUGGAUACCUGA